AAUGCGCCUACUGCAAAGAAAAGGGACCUUGGCGUCGGCCGGUGGCCUACCUGUCCAAAAAGCUAGACCCAGUGGCAGCUGGGUGGCCCCCUUGCCUACGGAUGGUAGCAGCCAUUGCCGUUCUGACAAAAGAUGCAGGCAAGCUAACCAUGGGACAGCCGCUAGUCAUCCUGGCCCCCCAUGCAGUAGAGGCACUAGUCAAGCAACCCCCUGACCGCUGGCUAUCCAACGCCCGCAUGACCCACUAUCAGGCGAUGCUCCUAGAUACGGACCGGGUCCAGUUCGGACCGGUGGUAGCCCUAAACCCGGCUACGUUGCUCCCCCUACCGGGGAAAGAGCCUCACCAUGACUGCCUCGAGAUCUUGGCCGAGACACACGGAACCAGACCAGACCUCACGGACCAGCCCCUCCCAGACGCCGACCACACCUGGUAUACAGAUGGAAGCAGCUUCCUGCAAGAGGGACAACGUAGGGCUGGAGCAGCGGUGACCACCGAGACCGAGGUAAUCUGGGCCAAGGCGUUGCCAGCCGGGACAUCCGCCCAGCGAGCUGAACUAAUAGCACUCACCCAGGCCCUAAAGAUGGCAGAAGCUCACUUACAGGCCCUCCAAGCAGUACAACGAGAGGUCUGGAAGCCACUGGCCGCUGCCUAUCAGGACCAGCUGGACCAGCCAGUGAUACCACACCCCUUCCGUGUCGGCGACACCGUGUGGGUACGCCGGCACCAGACUAAGAACUUGAAACCUCGCUGGAAAGGACCCUACACCGUCCUGCUGACCACCCCCACCGCUCUCAAAGUAGACGGCAUCGCUGCGUGGAUCCACGCCGCUCACGUAAAAGCGGCGACAACCCCUCCGGCCGGAACAGCAUCAGGACCGACAUGGAAGGUCCAGCGUUCUCAAAACCCCUUAAAGAUAAGAUUAACCCGUGGGGCCCCUUGAUAAUACUUUUAUUAAUCCUACUCUUCGGACCCUGUAUUCUCAACCGCUUGGUCCAGUUUGUAAAAGACAGAAUUUCGGUAGUGCAGGCCCUGGUUUUGACCCAACAGUAUCACCAACUCAAAUCAAUAGAUCCAGAAAAAGUAAAAUCACGUGAAUAAAAGAUUUUAUUCAGUUUCCAGAAAGAGGGGGGAAUGAAAGACCCCACCAUCAGGCUUAGCAAGCUAGCUGCAGUAACGCCAUUUUGCAAGGCAUGAAAAAGUACCAGAGCUGAGUUCUCAAAAGUUACAAGAAAGUUCAGUUAAAGAUUAACAGUUAAAGAUUAAGGCUGAAUAAUACUGGGACAGGGGCCAAAUAUCGGUGGUCAAGCACCUGGGCCCCGGCUCAGGGCCAAGAACAGAUGGCUCUCAGACGUCAGUGUUAGCAGAACUAGCUUCACUGAUUUAAAAAAAAUAGAGGUGCACAGUGCUCUGGCCACUCCUUGAACCUGUGUGUCUGCCAAUGUUCUGACCAGGUGUGUGCCCAUUGUUGAACCUUCAUUAGACCCUUUCCUCGUACCCCUCCCAUACCCAUUUCUUAAAAAUAGACAUUGUUUAGAACUAAAAAGUCCCACCUCAGUUUCCCCAAAUGACCGAGAAAUACCCCAAGCCUUAUUCGAACUAACCAACCAGCUCGCUUCUCGCUUCUGUAACCGCGCUUUUUGCUCCCCAGCCCCAGCCCUAUAAAAAGGGUAAAAACUCCACACUCGGCGCGCCAGUCCUCCGAUAGACUGCGUCGCCCGGGUACCCGUGUUCUCAAUAAAGCCUCUUGCUGUUUGCAUCCGAAUCGUGGUCUCGCUGGUCCUUGAGAGGGUCUCCUCAGAUUGAUUGACUACCCACCUCGGGGGUCU